AAAGCAAUUACUUCUAAGCUCUUCAAUUUAGUAGCAGAGUUUACAAUGUUGCUCCAGGGGUUGAGUUUUUGUUUCGUUGCUCUCGCAUUCGCAAUUGCUAAUACAAAGUUAGUUCCAUGGCGUACUGCUAGUGGCGCUGCUAGCAUUUUCUGGUUCCUUAUGUUCCUUAUGUUCUUGGUGUUCCGCUUGUUCGUAGUUUUCUUAAUAUUCUUAAUAACUUUUCGUUUUCUAGAUGUUUCUCUUAGUGUUCAUCUAGUUCCUAAUGUUCCUUACUGCCUUGAUGUUCUUAAUAAAAUUAUUUUUCUUAAUGUUCCACCUGUUCUAAAUGUUCCCUAUGUUCCUUUGUUCUUGAUGUUUUUUUUUAUUGUUAAUGUUCCUCUUGUUCUAGAUGUUUCUCAUGUUCUAGAUGUUCCUAAUGUUUCCUAUGUUCCUCUUGAUAUUGAUGUUCCUCUUACUCCUAUUGUUUCUCUUGUUCCUAGUAGUCCUCUUGUUCCUUAUGUUCGUUUUGUUCAUAAUGUUCCUCUUGUUCCUAGUGUCUUUAAUUUUCUCAAUAGUGUUCUGUUUCUUGAUGUUAUUAGUGUUCAUCUAGUUCCUAAUGUUCCUUACUGUCUUGAUGUUCCUAAUAGCAUUAUUUUUCUCAAUAUUCCACUUGUUUCUCAUGUUCCUCAUGUUCCCUAUGUUCCUCUUGUUCUUGAUGUUCUUUUUAUUGUUAAUAUUCCUCUUGUUCCUAGUGUUCUUUUUCUUGAUGUUCCUCUUGUUCCUAAUGCUCCAUUAGCUCUUAAUGUUUCUCUUGUUCCUAAUGUUCUUAAUUUUCUAAAUAAUGUUCUUUCUCUUGAUAUUUCUCUUGUUCUCAGUGUUCAUCUAGUUCCUAAUGUUCCUUACUACAUUGAUGUUCCUAAUAGCAUUAUUUUUCUUAAUGUUCCACUAGUUCCUCAUGUUCCUCAUGUUCCCUAUGUUCCUCUUGUUCUUGAUGUUCUUUUUAUUGUUAAUAUUCCUCUUGUUCCUAGUGUUCUUUUUCUUGAUGUUCCUCUUGUUCCUAAUGCUCCAUUAGCUCUUAAUGUUUCUCUUGUUCCUAAUGUUCUUAAUUUUCUAAAUAGUUUUCGUUUUCUAGAUGUUUCUCUUAGUGUUCAUCUAGUUCCUAAUGUUCCUUACUGCCUUGAUGUUCUUAAUAAAAUUAUUUUUCUUAAUGUUCCACCUGUUCUAAAUGUUCCCUAUGUUCCUUUGUUCUUGAUGUUUUUUUUUAUUGUUAAUGUUCCUCUUGUUCUAGAUGUUUCUCAUGUUCUAGAUGUUCCUAAUGUUUCCUAUGUUCCUCUUGAUAUUGAUGUUCCUCUUACUCCUAUUGUUUCUCUUGUUCCUAGUAGUCCUCUUGUUCCUUAUGUUCGUUUUGUUCAUAAUGUUCCUCUUGUUCCUAGUGUCUUUAAUUUUCUCAAUAGUGUUCUGUUUCUUGAUGUUAUUAGUGUUCAUCUAGUUCCUAAUGUUCCUUACUACAUUGAUGUUCCUAAUAGCAUUAUUUUUCUUAAUGUUCCACUAGUUCCUCAUGUUCCUCAUGUUCCCUAUGUUCCUCUUGUUCUUGAUGUUCUUUUUAUUGUUAAUAUUCCUCUUGUUCCUAGUGUUCUUUUUCUUGAUGUUCCUCUUGUUCCUAAUGCUCCAUUAGCUCUUAAUGUUUCUCUUGUUCCUAAUGUUCUUAAUUUUCUAAAUAAUGUUCUUUCUCUUGAUAUUUCUCUUGUUCUCAGUGUUCAUCUAGUUCCUAAUGUUCUUUACUACCUUGAUGUUCCUAAUAGCAUUAUUUUUCUUAAUGUUCCACUAGUUCCUCAUGUUCCUCAUGUUCCCUAUGUUUCUCUUGUUCUUGAUGUUCUUCUUGUUCCUAGUCUUCUUAAUUUUCUCAAUAUUGUUCUUUAUUUUGAUGUUCUUAGUGUUCAUCUAAUUCCUAAUGUUCCUUCCCUUGUUAUUAAUUUUCUUGUUCUUGAUGUUCCUAACGUUCCUUUUGUUCUUAAUUUUUUCAAUAGUGUUCUUUUUCUUGAUGUUCUUAGUAUUCAUCUAGUUCCUAAUGUUCCUCUCGUUCCUAAUGUUCCAUUCAUUCUUAAUGUUCCUUCUGUUCCUAAUGUUCUUAAUUUUCUGAAUAGUGUUCUUUUUCUUGAUAUUUCUCUUGUUCUCAGUGUUCAUCUAGUUCCUAAUGUCCCUUACUACCUAGAUGUUCUUAAUAGCAUUAUUUUUCUUAAUGUUCCUCUUGUUCCUAGUGUUCCAGAUGUUCCUGAUAUUUCUAGUGUUCCCGUCAAUCCCGAUCUGGAGUUCACAAAUUCAAUAGAUAUGGGUCAGUGCAAACAGAACCAGCGUUACAGUGAUUGUGUAACAGCUUGUCCGCUCUCUUGUGGGAAGAAAAAUUUACCUAAAGAAGACUGUCCAUAUCCGUGCAGUCCUGGAUGUGAAUGUAAAGACGGUUAUUACUUGAACAGUACUCUAGAUUGCGUCAAGCCAGAAGACUGCGUUCCCAAAACAUAUGACCGAAUUUUACCAGUUAACUGUGGAGAAAAUCAACAAUUUUCCUUCUGCAGAUCACCAUGUCCAUUAACUUGCGGAAAAAAACCGAUAAAUCCUUGUCCUCAUAAUUGCACUUUUGGAUGCGAGUGUCUUGACGGCUACUACCUGACAAAAAAUAAAGAAUGUGUCAAACAAACAGAUUGUCCACGACGGCCAAAACCACUCUUUUAUUAA